UUAAACCCUUUGCAAUCAGCAAUCUCGACAGUCCCGACAUUCUUCCAACUGCGAGAUAAUGACGAGAAUGGGGCCGCUAUUCAGGGCAAAGAAAAAAGCUGCUGCAUUCGUCGAUCGGCGUUGAAGUUGGCCGACGGUCGGUAGCGACGGUCCGCUGGAUGAUCGGAGGGAGCAGCGGCAGAGAACGGUUCAGGUGGCCGCUUCAAGGAGACUGCUGUGAUGCUACGUAGGCAACUAGAAGAAAAGGGCUUUUCUACCAUGAGAGAGUGUGUGUGAGCUCCGCCGAUACGGUUUUUGGUUGUUUUUAUUUUAAUUUUUAUUAUUUGGUGCAUUCUUUGUGUUGUACAGAUACCGCUGUUUUAGGAUACAGUGAGGAUACAGAGGAGCUGGUGAACUUUUGGGGAAUGGCAGGUCGAAGCCGAAGAGCAUGGUUUAGUGUUCUGUUGGGACUGGUUGUCGGGUUCACGCUGGCUUCCAGACUCAUUUUACCCAGGGCGAGCGAGCUGAAGAAAGCCGGACACAAACGAAAAGCAAACCCCGCCGGCUGUGGCUUGAACAGGGGUCUCAGGAAGGAAUACGGCGGAGUACAAUGGCCACCGCAAGAUAACGGUUCACCGGCGACCGAGAAGCCUGGCUCCAGGUCCAAUAGUUUCCUCUUCGUUGGUGUCAUGACCGCCCAGAAGUACCUGAACAGCCGAGCCGUGGCGGCGCAUAGGACGUGGGCACAGACAAUUCCAGGUCGCGUGGAGUUCUUCUCCAGCGAGGGCUCUGACACCUCCAUACCCAUUCCCAUAGUGGCUCUGAGGAACGUGGAUGACUCGUACCCGCCCCAGAAGAAGUCCUUCAUGAUGCUCAAGUACAUGCACGACCAUUACCUGGACAAGUACGAGUGGUUUAUGAGGGCUGAUGAUGACGUCUACAUCAAGAGUGAGAAGCUGGAGAGCUUCCUGCGCAGCCUCAACAGUAGCGAGGCCAUCUUCCUGGGCCAAACAGGCAUGGGGGCCCGGGACGAGCUUGGGAAACUGGCCCUGGAGCCUGGAGAGAACUUCUGCAUGGGGGGGCCAGGGGUCAUCAUGAGCCGCGAAGUCCUAAAGAGGAUGGUGCCCCACAUUCGAGAGUGUCUACAGGAGAUGUACACCACCCAUGAGGACGUGGAGGUGGGGCGGUGUGUCCGAAGGUUUGCUGGGGUCCAGUGUGUCUGGUCCUAUGAGAUGCAGCAGCUCUUCUAUGAGAACUAUGAACCAAAUAAGAAAGGCUAUAUACGAGAUCUCCACAACAGCAAGAUCCAUCGAGCCAUCACCCUGCACCCCAACAAGAACCCUCCCUACCAGUAUCGCCUACACAGCUAUAUGCUGAGCCGCAAGAUUGCAGACCUGCGCCACCGAACCAUUCAGCUCCACCGGGAGAUCGUCCAGAUGGGGCGCUACGGAGCAGCUGAACCCAGCCGAGAGGACCUCCAGCUUGGAGUGCCACCCUCAUUCAUGCGCUUCCAUCCGCGGCAGAGAGAGGACGUCCUGGAGUGGGAGUUUCUCACAGGGAAGUACCUGUUCUCAUCAUCCGACAGUCAGCCGCCCCGUCGUGGGAUGGAUUCCUCCCAGAGGCAAGCCCUGGAUGACAUCAUCAUGCAAGUGAUGGAGAUGAUUAACGCCAAUGCAAAGACACGGGGCCGGGUCAUUGAUUUCAAAGAAAUCCAGUAUGGCUACCGGAGGGUCAAUCCCUUAUAUGGGGCAGAGUAUGUCCUCGAUCUGCUGCUGCUGUACAAGAAGCACAAAGGAAAAACCAUGACGGUUCCUGUGAGGAGGCACGCCUACCUGCAGCAGACCUUCAGCCAGAUCCAGUUCAGAGAGGAGGAGGAGAUGGAUGCCAGAGCUCUGGCCAGCCACAUCAACAAGGAGUCAGACUCCCUCUCGUUUCUGUCCAACUCCCUCAAGAUGCUGGUGCCCUUCAAGCUGGCUACCUCUGGCCAGGACCAGCGGGAACCGAAAGAGAAGAAAGUCAACAUCUUGGUGCCUCUGUCGGGACGCUACGACAUCUUUGUACGCUUCAUGGCCAACUUUGAGCGAGUUUGUCUGAUCCCCAAACAGAACGUCAAGCUGCUGAUCCUGCUCUUCAGCACAGACAACAACACGGAACGGGUCAAGCAGGUGGAGCUGAUGAGGGAGUACCACAUGAAGUAUCCCCGGGCCGAGAUGGAGAUAAAGCCUGUCACUGGCUCCUUCUCCAGGGCUCUGGCUUUGGAAGUGGGUUCCUUGCACUUCUCUAACGACUCACUGCUCUUCUACUGUGACGUGGAUCUGCUCUUCACCGCAGACUUCCUCAAGCGAUGUCGGUCCAAUACCGCCCUGGGGGAGCAGACUUACUUCCCCAUUAUCUUCAGCCAGUAUGACCCCAAGGUGGUGUACGCUGGGAAGGUCCCUAGCAACAACCACUACGUCUUCACGUCCAAGACGGGCAUGUGGAGGAACUACGGCUUUGGGAUCGUCUGUGUCUACAAGGGAGACUUGGUCCGAGCCGGAGGCUUUGAUACCUCCAUACAGGGGUGGGGAUUGGAGGACGUAGACCUUUUUAAUAAAUUUGUCCAGUCAGGGAUUAAGUUGUUCAGAAGCACAGACACAGGGACAGUGCACGUCCACCACCCUGUCCUAUGUGACCCCAACCUGGAGGCGAAGCAAUAUAAGAUGUGCCUGGGCUCCAAAGCCUCGUCGCACGGCUCCACCCAGCAGCUGGCCGAGCUCUGGCUGGAGAAGAACGACCACGGCUUCAGGAGACUGGCCAGCAAUAACGGUUCAGUUAGGACAGCGUGAGAAAAGCCGGGCCGCAGACUGCCAUAAACCGAACCCGAACCCGGUCUGUGCUCACUUCCUCCUCUUAGUGGUGUUUUCACUACCUAAUUUAUUUUUUACUGAAAUGAAAGACUUCACAUGGAUAUAUUUUGAAAAUAUGUCUUUUUUUUAACAGAAAAUAUACAGAAACGCCAUCAUGAACAAACCAUAGACACAGUCUGGGCUCUAGUGCGAGUGUUUUGAUUGAUGAUAGAGGGAAUAUUGACCGAUAUUCUCAUGUGAGCCUGAUUACAGCGGGGGCCCGAGGCUCCUAUAGUCUUGUUACAUGUUAUCUAUCAGGACGGUGGGAGAAACGGAGGCAGGGGUUAUUGAUGUGUACCUCAGUGAAGUACACCAUCAUGGUUCUUAAAUAUUCCAUUUGUCUCGUGUGCAGAAAACAGACUGGUGUCCAUGUACUCUCAGACCAGCAGUGCUCGAAACGUAACUCUUGAUUGUGAAUGUUUACAAAAGACUGACUCUUAAAGACAUUUCAUCAACGAAAACUUUAAAUCACAGCUAUCUCAAUGAUUACUAUGGGCCAUUUAUCAUUUUUUUUCUUCCUGACUUACAGUGGUUCUCUUUUCCAUUUGCUUUUAUGGUAAUACGACACAACACUGUUACUGUUUCUCCAGGAUCUUCUCCUUUUUUUUGUAUCUGUCUUUAUUAUUCAUUUCUGUGAACCAAACUGCUGGAUUUUAUAUCUGCAAUUCAUCCUUUGCUGUCUAAUUUAUUGAAUUUGCAGGCUCCAUUUUCGACUCUGACUGUUGAAAAAUGUAUAUUUGAAAGAUUGUAUAACCGUGUCAGUUGUGGGAUAGUGUUUUUUAUGUUCCUUUUCUUAAACUCAUUAUCACCAAAGAGUUUUGCACAGUCUGCUUUAGGUGUCAUGUUGCCUGUGUGUAUGUGUAUGUGUGUAUGCGUG